UCCUAUUUUUCCCUCAUUUCAGAUAUUCACCGUGCAUUUUCCUCUCUUUUGGGAGUGUUUUCAUGCACCAUUAGCCCUACAUUUUUGCGCUUUUGUCACGGUGCGACCACCUGCGCGUAAAGAAAAAAAAAAAAGGCGGUGGCUGUCAAGGAAAAAAAGCAGCUGAGUGUGAGCAUCUGUGCAUCCUCUCCCCGGGAAUCCUCACAGCCAGAAAGGCAUGUCGACCGCCGGGGAAGUACCAGCCUUCUUCAGGGGCAUGGGCUCUGACAGCCCAGCCAGGCCGAGGCAGCAGUUCUGUGGGAUGUUCUGCCCGGUGGAGGGCUCCUCGGACAGCAAGACGCUGGACUUUGAUGCGCUGUCUGCGUGCAGAGGGAAGAGUAACGGCCGAGUCAUUGACCGGCAGACCGACAUCUCCCAGCCGAGGAAGGUGGAGAUCCGGGAGAGCACUGGGAAGGAGGCUCUGCAGAAUCUGGAUGAUAAAAGGAGUGAUCGUCUCCUGAUCAAAGGGGGGAAGAUUGUGAACGAUGACCAGUCCUUCUGUGCUGACAUUUACAUGGAGGAUGGGGUCAUCAAACAAAUCGGAGAGAAUCUCAUUGUUCCCGGCGGGGUAAAAACCAUCGAUGCUCAUGGCCGCAUGUUGUUGCCGGGCGGCAUUGAUGUGCACACACGUUUCCAGAUGCCUGAUCGAGGUAUGAUGUCUGCAGACGACUUCUACCAGGGAACCAAAGCAGCGCUGGCUGGAGGAACCACCAUGAUCAUCGACCAUGUGCUCCCUGACCCCGGCGCCAGUCUCAUCUCAGCCUUCGAGCAGUGGCGCGAGUGGGCCGACAGCAAGUCCUGCUGUGACUACUCGCUGCACAUCGACAUCACCGAGUGGCACAAAGGGAUCCAGGAAGAGAUGGAGGCUCUGGUGAAGGAUCACGGGGUCAACUCUUUCCUGGUCUACCUGGCUUAUAAGGAUAUUUUCCAGCUUACUGACGCUCAGGUGUACGAGGUGUUCAGUGUGAUCCGUGAUCUUGGAGCCAUUGCCCAGGUCCACGCUGAGAAUGGAGACAUCGUAGCUGAGGAGCAGCGCAGAAUGCUAGAGCAAGGGAUCUCCGGUCCUGAGGGGCACGUGUUGAGCCAUCCUGAGGAGGUGGAGGCUGAGGCUGUGAACCGCUCCGUGACUGUAGCCAAUCAGACCAACUGUCCCCUCUACAUCACUAAGGUGAUGAGUAAGAGUGCUGCUGAUGUCAUCGCUCAGGCCAGGAAGAAAGGAACUGUUGUCUACGGAGAGCCAAUCACUGCAAGCUUGGGAACAGACGGUUCUCACUACUGGAGCAAGAACUGGGCCAAGGCAGCUGCCUACGUCACGUCCCCUCCCCUGAGCCCCGACCCGACCACGCCAGACUAUCUCAACUCCCUGCUCUCCUGUGGUGAUUUACAGGUGACAGGAAGUGCUCACUGUCCCUUUAACACGGCCCAGCGCGCUGUGGGCAAAGAUGACUUCAGCUUGAUCCCUGAAGGAGUCAACGGCACUGAAGAGAGGAUGUCCAUCAUCUGGGACAAGUGUGUGGUGACGGGUAAGAUGGAUGAAAACCAGUUUGUGGCAGUGACCAGCACUAACGCCGCCAAAAUCUUCAACCUCUACCCCCGAAAGGGUCGUAUCGCUGUGGGUUCAGACGCUGACUUGGUGCUGUGGGACCCUGACAUCACGAAGAUCAUCUCUGCUAAGAGCCACAACUCGACUGUGGAGUACAACAUCUUUGAAGGCACAGAAGUACGUGGUGGGCCUCUUGUGGUGAUCAGCCAGGGCAAGAUCGUUUUGGAGGAAGGGACCCUCCACGUCACAGAGGGCUCGGGACGCUACAUGGCCCGUAAACCUUUCCCUGACUACGUGUACAAGAGGAUAAAAGCUCGCAGCAGGCUUGCUGAGCUGAGAGGUGUACCCAGAGGACUGUAUGAUGGUCCAGUCUGUGAGGUGUCAGUGACCCCGAAAACUAUGACUCCCGCCUCCUCUGCAAAGACCUCACCUGCCAAGCAGCCAAACCAGCCCGUCCGUAACCUGCACCAGUCUGGAUUCAGCCUAUCUGGUGCCCAGAUCGACGACAACAUUCCCCGCCGGAACACCCAGCGCAUAGUGGCUCCACCAGGCGGCCGGGCAAACAUCACCAGCCUGGGUUAGAGCAUCCCUCUGAGCUGCUGAGGAGGAAACAAAGAUUUGAGGAAGGACGUCCAAAAAGGAGCUGAGAUGUCGAUAAACCACACAGAGAGCCUUGGAGCCGAACUGGACACCCGUCAGCCUCGAACUUUCACCUCCUCCUUUGCAGCUUGUUCACGUAACCGCUCUCCACCCUGAAACCAGAACCUAGAGGACACAAUUAGUAACAAAAACAACAAAAAAAGGGUCUGCCUCAUAAGAUGGAAAAAAAUGAAAACACUCCUUAUUUGAGCACUUUUGAUCACAUUAUUUAGAUUUUUUAUACUGUAUUAUUUUCCCUACCAUGUAUGAUUUUGAUGUCUGUUUUACUGGUGUUAAUAGAGGGGUUGAGAGACUGAUUUAUUACAGUUGGAAAAGUGGAUAAUUUUCACGCAGGAUGUCCAUUGUAUUUCCUUUUUUGUGUUUUCAUUUUGGAAGUAAUUUAAAUGGAGCAUGGGUACAAAACAAAGAUCGUUUUUCUUGCUUUUCUUAAGAAGGCCAAACAGUCGGUCACUUGAAGUUGAACAGUCUUACACCUUCCUUUAUUUAAAACUUCCUGCAAGCUUUCUGUGAACUGUGUGCUUUCUAUCGCGGCAACUGAUACCAAAUUUACCAGAUGAAAUGAGGACGGCCUUUUGAUUUAAAAACUGAAGCAGCAUUGCUUUUAAGGGUUGUAAACUCUCACUGUAAUGGCUAUCUUUAAUGUUUGCACCUGUGUCUUAGUAAGAAACUACACUGCACCAUUGGCAGCUGCUUGACAGUCAGUGAGGCAGAGGGAGCUUUGGCAGGUAUUAAAAAGAGCCAGGCAUCGGGGUAUAGUUAAGAAGGAGAAUUAAAAGAGAGAUUAAGGAAGGAAAGAGAAAGUUUCACCUCUCCUUGCCUUAUCGUCUCUUAACGCCGUCCUUUUGGAGAAGUUUGAAAAGUCUGAGGAAGGUGCAUUAAAGUAUGCAGCAUCCCGUUUUGAAGCUUUUUUUGCAUUCCUUUGACUCAUAAAGGUCCAAAGUUUUUCAUUGAAGCACGUGAUAACCGUCCAUCACCAAGCAGUGCAUUUACGUACAGAAUGUUUUCCUCCUCCUCCAAAUGUGACCGUUUUCUACUCAUCACAAUCCCCCUUUCCUUUCUACUCUUUAUGUGCCUGAAACCCUUAGAAGUUGUACUGAUAGGUUGAGUUUUCUUGUUUUAUUAUUCUGUUUGAGCUGAGUGAUGGAUGUAAGAUAAAAGAGAUGUAAAAUAGCCAGGAUUAACCGAUUCAAAGGUGCCAGAUUUUGCGCUUUCAUAGGGCCUGUUCUGUCUGUAGAGGCCCUGUAAAGACGAUAAAACGCUCGAUAUCUUGAAAUGUUCUAAUGUUUUAGAGUUUUUAACUUGUUGUCAAACUGCUUUUUAGUGUCAUUCUGUAUCUAGGUGCCCGAGGGCUGAGCACUAUUGAUUUACGCUUGAAAGUAGACACGAGCUAAUGUACUUCUGACUAGUGUGCGGUGUUGAUGUGUGAGGGAUGGGACACGCACAGCCGGCUCCUGUGCUGCACUAUUUUCUGUUGUGGAUGUGAUGUCGCUCCAGGCCGUGCGGAGCGUUCAUAAGCUGUGCUUCCUUUUUUAAAUGAUCUGGUUUUCAUUAAGCCAAGCAUCUGAUUUCCUCUGUUAGUUCUUAUGUCAACAAAGUCUUGGCUACCAAUCACCAUAGUCCUGCAGUCCCCCUUUUUUUCCUUAUUACUCAACACAGCACAAAAAGCCUCACGCUAACUCUGACUUAGCCAGAGGCCAGUUACAUAAAUGUACAUUAAAACUGUAAGGCUGUUUGUCAGACUGACCUUGCAUUCUUUAGACUUAUAUGAUGAGAAACAGCUCCUGCAGAAAUAUUAGCACAGGCGUGCAGCAGCCUCUGGUAUUGUGAAAUGAAGGAACUGCAGAAAUGCAGAAACCUGCAAUUCCUUGACAGUCCACUUGAGGCUGGCUGCUGUUUCAUAGCAUGAAGAGGGUUGCAAGUUGUCUGAUUUGAAUUUAAGAAGAAUACAAGUGAUGCAUAAUCAAGAGUACAAUAAGAUAGGAUAAGACUCACAGAGUGAAAAAUUUGUCUUAGGCUCCUCACCCAUGUUCCAGCCAUAGAAAACACUCAACAACAUGUAGAUUACUUAUUAGAAACACUCUGACAUCAGACAUUGAGUACCAAUAGAUAAUUACUGUUAAAACUUAGAAUAUAAAAACCAUUAUGUUCUCAGAGUAGCAGUGUAAAAAUGCAAGAGAAAUCACAGUCCAGUCCAUUGCCCUAGCUGCCUUAUUAAAUAGCUGUAUUUACACAGAAAUAAACAAAUGUUUAAACCUGUUUGGACCAUGGUGGGGAACCCAGAACCUCUUACCAGAGUACAGCAGUUCAUUCUCUGGAUGUAAAACACAAGAUUCAUCAUUUACAAUCUUAGUAGCCUGUCUGAAAGCAAAUUAAAAAUAGUCUGCAUGCAUGUGUGAUUCUUUACCUCCUAUUAUUUUCCAUGCAGCGUGAAUCAGUUGCAUCAUUUUUAUUUCAACUGCAUAGACAACUUUCCAAACCUUGCUGUGAUACCGCACCUGAUUAGGCUGGUUGAUAUUUCUGUGAGCUAGCUAGUUGUACCUGUUUGCCAGGAGUCUGAAUGCCCUCUUUGCUGGUGGACCCUAAAUUUGUGUGAGAAGUGUUUUCAUUAUGCUGCAGAUUGGCCUCAGAAUAUAGCUUGAGUAACCAAAUGGCUCACACUCAGACUUUGCCUGAUACUUAUUUUAGGGUAAAGCACUAAAAGAAACUAGGGGUAGACCCAUUAACAGCCUGGCUGAUUAUUGGUACUUAGUUUUGCUGAUAAUAUGUCUUCUACUCUGGCUUUGCUUUCACUCUCUACAGCAGGGGUGUCCAAACUAUGGCCCAGGGACCAAAUGCAGCCUGCAGAUCUUGUUUCAACACAAAAGAUGAUGCAUUACUGGCAGUAAGUGAAAAAAUCUGCUUAGGGAGAAAGAGAAAUAUACUUGUUUGGUGUCUUGAAAAGAGAAAAGAUUACAUCUGGAUAGUCUAGUUUUAAUUAGUGGAAAGCAACAAUGUUUUAUGUAACUGGCCCCUGCAUGAUUCACAUACAGACAUGUAAAGAUUCUGAAAUUAUACAUUACCUUGUUGGUUUUCCCCCUCUGAUCUAACAGGACGCCUCUAGAACAGUGAUCAUUAACUGGGGGCCACAUCAGGCCCCCCCAAAGCUUCCCAUCUGGCCCUUAUAAGAAUAUUUCAUAGAAAAACAAGUUUUUCAGGGUAUUUUUUUGUCUUUAUAUCCCUAAAGCUAUUAAAUCAAUGCAAAAAAAGGAUCAAUAUUGAAACAGUCUCAUCAGGAAUGACUUAUGUUUGACCCAUUUUCACGAUGCAUGAUAAACUCAUCAUUCAAGACCUGAUUCAACUUCAGUUUUUCUGUCAACUUUCCACUUCAGGCUCUUGGUGCGUGCCAUUUUUCAUGAAAAUUAAAUGUUAAAAUAUCUCAAUUGCUUCCUUUUGGCUGGCUAGAGUAAAGGCCAUAGGGGCUGAUCUUUAUUCUGAUGCCUUAAAACUGAAGGAAAAACAAAUAAUAAUACAAUAAUAUGUUAGACCAAAACAUUUUUAAAUUGUAUUCAUUUUGAAGUCUGACCCCCAUGGUGUCUGACCAAACAAAAUGUGGCCCAUGUAUAUAAAUGUAGUGGAUGACCCUUGCUCCAGAGGAUAAAGUCUGCCAGUGUAUCAAAUUGUAAAUAUAUUUAAAGAAUCCAAAGCAGAAGGGAAGUAACACAUGCAUGUCAAAGAUGAAAAGAGAGAGCUGAAAUAUGAUCGCUACAGCAAAUUACUCAUCACAUAACGAGUCAGAAGUGGGACAUUUGAUCACUCCUGUCCAUUACUUUAGUCAUUAGAAAGUUUCUCAUCUAUCAUGUGACCUUCACUACAUUUUUCACCACUGUCACUUUCAUUUUAGGCGGGAAUCUUUGUGGGUAAAGUCCACUAAUAUAGUUUGGCAGCAGGCGUCACCCUCAUGAGAGUAACUUGUGUUUUUCCUUCCUUUCACUUUCCCUCUGUCUCUCCCUUUCCCUCUUGCUCCUGCUAAUUCUCAUUCAUCCCCUCUCCCUCCCUCCUUUGGCUCUUUUGUUGUUUCUGGCUGUUACCACGGCGACAGCCCCCCUCCACUCGCACAGGGUUCUGCUUUUUUGUUUGUCAUGGCAACGCUUGUCAGAUUGGAGGUUGCCAUUAGCAACUCAUCCUGACCCGGUGCUAUUAGUGGAGCUAAGCGCCUGCACAUUCACAUACACAGACUCGCCAACAGACAGCUUUUAUAAUUAUUCUGUUUAAUCCUGCAGACUCCUCGCCAUACAUACCUAAUUUUCACACUUAAUGGGUGUUACAGAACCCUCGUCGUGUCCCAUACCUCUCCUAUCACACACACUUAUACUCCUUUAAUGCUCUGUCAGCUUGGACGCUUUUCUAUGCCAUAUUAUGCUAAUGAUAUAUGAGUGAUAUGUAUGUACGCAAUGUGCUGCAGACUGAGAGGAGCUUCCUUCUGUUCUAAGGGUUGCUAAUGCUGAUGUUGAACUCCUCCUUACCCCUCUGAAUCCUCUCGUUCCCCCCUCUGUAAGCACCCCCCCACCCUCCCUUUGUGAAAGUGAAACCGUGUGAUGGUAUUUGUCUCGGUGGCUGUGGGGUUUCUGGGAUGCUUGCUCACUGUGGAAAAAGAAGUGUCAAAUCCCACGGAUGGUGAUGUAAAAAAAAAACCCAAGAACUUCAAAGAAUAAAAAAAGAGAAAAAAAGGGAACAGUGUCUCUUUUGU